AUGCCGCUGCACCCGCUCAUUCCCAUCGCGCCGGCGCUGUCCUUCACCUUCUUCGCCGCGCCGCCGUCGACCGCGACGCUCAACGUCCACAACGGCAGUCGCAGUGCGCUGCUGCCGCCCGGCGUGCAGGAUGCCCCUCACCCGCAGGCGCUGGACAGCGACGGCGGCGUCGGCGGCUUCGAGCGCUACACGUGGUUCAGCAUCGACGACGACCUCGUGUACCUCUCCUUCUACGAAGACUGGGGCCCGCUCAACAUCGCCAUGUUCUACCGCUUCUGCCUGCAUGUGCAUCAUCUCAUGGAGAGCGACUCGGCUGCGCAUCUCGUGCUGUACACGAGCAGUGCGCCGCAACAAAAGGCCAACGCAGCACUGCUCGUCGCACUGUACAGCAUGAUCAUCGAGCGGCAGCCCGUCGCAGAUGCCUUUCAUCCGUUCAGCCAGAUCGAGUUCCAGCCGUUCCGUGACGCUGGCUACGGCCGUGCCGACUUCCACCUCUCGCUGCAAGACGUGCUGCACGGUGUCUCGCGCGCGCUCCAGUGCGAGCUGCUCAACCUCUCGGCUUUCAAUCUCGACGAGUACGAGCACUACGAGCAGGUGGCCAACGGCGACUGGAACUGGCUCACGCCGAACUUCAUCGCCUUCGCCUCGCCCAACGACCGCGAGUACACGAACGCGCUGCGGGCCACGAUGGAGGGGCGGCCGAGCCGCAGCCUGCGCCGGCCUAUCCCCGAGACGUUCCGCAACACCAUCCGCUACUUCCGCGACCGCGGCGUGGGCGCCGUUGUGCGCCUCAACAAUCCUCUGUACGACCGCGCCGAGUUCGAGAACGCGGGCAUCAAGCACGUCGACAUGUACUUCGACGACGGCUCCAACCCGUCCGAGGAGAUCCUGCGCGACUUCAUCGCGCUCGCGGACGCCCAGAUUGCGGCCGGCCGCGUCGUGGCGGUGCACUGCAAGGCCGGCCUCGGCCGCACCGGCGUGCUCAUCGGCGCGUACCUCAUCUGGCGCCACGGCUUCUCGGCCAGCGAGGUCAUCGGCUUCAUGCGCUUCAUGCGGCCGGGCUGCGUCGUCGGGCCGCAGCAGCACUUCAUGUACGAGAACGCGACGGAGUGGGUGCGGUGGCGCGUGCGCCACGAGAUGCGCCUGGAGCUCGCAAAGGAG